AGUAAAAACUCGCUUUCAGCAAGAAGACUUUUGAAAUUUUUCCCAAUCCCUAAAAGGGACUUGGCCUCUUUUUCCGGGCUCGGCGGAGCCGCCGCUCGGACCCCGGCGAGCUGACCCUCGGGGCUGCCGAUUCGCUGGGGGCUUGGAGAGCCUCCUGCGCCCCUCGUCGCGCGGGCCAAGGGUCCAUCUGGGUCCUCGGGCCGCGGCAUCUCCGCUGGGUCCGCAGCCACCCGACCGCCCGCGCUGCCGCCGCCGGGUCCUGGAGCCAACGAGGAGCGGGGCCGGCGCUGCGCUCGCCCGGGGCGCGCCCUCCAGGAUGCCGAUCCGCCCGGUCCGCUGAAAGCGCGCGCCCCUGCUCGGCUCAAGCGCCGCCGCCCGCGCCCCCUCGCCCAGGAGGCUGCCAGGAGCCCGGGGCCGCCCCUCCCGCUCCCCUCCUCUCCCCCUCUGGCUCUCUCGCGUUCUCUCGCUCUCGGGGCCCCCCUCGCUCCCCCGGCCGCAGUCUGUGCGCGCGGGCGCCGGCGAGCCGUCUCGGAAGCAGCAUGCAGGCGCGCUACUCCGUGUCCGACCCCAACGCCCUGGGAGUGGUGCCCUACCUGAGCGAGCAGAACUACUACCGGGCUGCGGGCAGCUACGGCGGCAUGGCCAGCCCCAUGGGCGUCUACUCGGGCCACCCGGAGCAGUACAGCGCGGGGAUGGGCCGCUCCUACGCACCCUACCACCACCACCAGCCCGCGGCGCCUAAGGACCUGGUGAAGCCGCCCUACAGCUACAUCGCGCUCAUCACCAUGGCCAUCCAGAACGCGCCCGAGAAGAAGAUCACCCUGAACGGCAUCUACCAGUUCAUCAUGGACCGCUUCCCCUUCUACCGGGAGAACAAGCAGGGCUGGCAGAACAGCAUCCGCCACAACCUCUCGCUCAACGAGUGCUUCGUCAAGGUGCCCCGCGACGACAAGAAGCCCGGCAAGGGCAGCUACUGGACCCUGGACCCGGACUCCUACAACAUGUUCGAGAACGGCAGCUUCCUGCGGCGCCGGCGGCGCUUCAAAAAGAAGGACGUGUCCAAGGAGAAGGAGGAGCGGGCCCACCUAAAGGAGCCGCCCCCGGCGGCGUCCAAGGGCGCCCCGGCCGCCCCCCACCUAGCGGACGCUCCCAAGGAAGCCGAGAAGAAGGUGGUGAUCAAGAGCGAGGCGGCGUCUCCGGCGCUGCCGGUCAUCACCAAGGUGGAGACGCUGAGCCCCGAGAGCGCGCUGCAGGGCAGCCCGCGCAGCGCGGCCUCCACGCCCGCCGGUUCCCCCGACGGCUCGCUGCCCGAGCACCACGCUGCGGCGCCCAACGGGCUGCCUGGCUUCAGCGUGGAGAACAUCAUGACCCUGCGAACGUCGCCGCCGGGCGGAGAGCUGAGCCCGGGGGCCGGACGCGCGGGCCUGGUGGUGCCGCCGCUGGCGCUGCCCUACGCCGCCGCGCCGCCCGCCGCCUACGGCCAGCCGUGCGCUCAGGGCCUGGAGGCCGGGGCCGCCGGGGGUUACCAGUGCAGCAUGCGAGCCAUGAGCCUGUACACCGGGGCCGAGCGGCCGGCGCACAUGUGUGUCCCGCCCGCCCUGGACGAGGCCCUCUCGGACCACCCGAGCGGCCCCACGUCGCCCCUGAGCGCUCUCAACCUCGCCGCCGGCCAGGAGGGCGCGCUCGCCGCCGCGGGCCACCACCACCAGCACCACGGCCACCACCACCCGCAGGCGCCGCCGCCCCCGCCGGCUCCCCAGCCCCAGCCGACGCCGCAGCCCGGGGCCGCCGCGGCCCAGGCGGCCUCCUGGUAUCUCAACCACAGCGGGGACCUGAACCACCUCCCCGGCCACACGUUCGCGGCCCAGCAGCAAACUUUCCCCAACGUGAGGGAGAUGUUCAACUCCCACCGGCUAGGGAUUGAGAACUCGACCCUCGGGGAGUCCCAGGUGAGUGGCAAUGCCAGCUGUCAGCUGCCCUACAGAUCCACGCCGUCUCUCUACCGCCACGCAGCCCCCUACUCCUAUGACUGCACGAAAUACUGACCUGUCCCGGAACCUCCCCUCCCCGGCCCGCUCCGGCUUCGCUUCUCAGCCCCGACCCAACCAGACAAUUAAGGGGUUGCAGACACGCAAAAAAGAAACAAAACAUGUCCUCCAGCUUUUUCUCAGGCCCAGGAGCAGAGAGCGGGCACGCUAGCCCCCAGUCAUCUGUGAAGCGCGCAGGUAACUUUAAUUCGCCGCCCCGUUUCUGGGAUCCCAGAAAACCCCCUCCAAAGGGACGCAGCCCAACAAAAUGAGUAUUGGUCUUAAAAUCCCCCUCCCCUACCAGGACGGCUGUGCUGUGCUCGAUCUGAGCUUUCAAAAGUUAAGUUAUGGACCAAAUCCCAUAGCGAGGCCCUGGAGACUUUCUGUAGGGGUCCCCAUAGGUGUAUGGGAGUCUCUACAGAUAAUGUAUGUGCUGUAUGUAAUUUUAAAUUUCUCCAAACGUGCUGUACAAAUGUGUGGAUUUGUAAUCAGGCUAUUUUGUUGUUGUUGUUGUUCAGAGCCAUUAAUAUAAUAUUUAAAGUUGAGUUCACUGGAUAAUUUUUUCAUCUUGCCCAACAAUUUCUAACUGCCACAUUGAAUUCAAGAAACCGAUGUGGGUUUUGUUUCCUGUACAAUUAUGAGAUAUAAUUCUUUUUCCCAUUGUAGGUCUUUUGCAAAACAAGAAAAUAAUUUAUUUUUUUGUUGGUGGAUAAAGAAGUCAAGUAUCUGAUACUUUUUAUUUACAAAGUGUAAUGGUUUUGUAUAGUAGGUUCCACCCUGAGUAUUCCUAAAAGAAAAAAAAAAAAAAAACUUAGAAAACCUAACUUCAUCUAUGUUUGUCUUAUGUGGUCUUAAUUGUUGUACUUACCUUAAAAUAAACCCAUGUUGUUUUUUCUGCCC